UGCAACAGUUGAUCACCUUUCUACUUACCACAUUAAUCUUUGCAACAUUCCAUCCAUUUCCAAUGCUAAUCUACCUCCAUAGCCAACACUACUUACUAGCCAUUGCUUUCUUCUUCAUUCUUCUUCUUCCUUUUGCUUUUCUUUUCUUCUUCUUUUUUGCUCUUCCCUCCACCUGCAGUUCAAACCAAGAACACCACCAGUGUGCAGUGCAGUGCAAGUGUGCAACACGGCAGCAUUCCAAGCUGAUGCUGUCAUUGAGUCAGUCAUGGCCUCCUCCACCUUGGCUCUCGACUUCCUGCGCCGCCUCCUCUGCGCGCGCACCGCCGCCGCCGGCAAUGCGGGCACUGCACAGAGCGCAGAGUGUGUCGGCGACGGUGCAGCGGCAGUGCGGCGUCCGGGUCCGGCGGCGUCUCCGGGAAGGAGCCCCUGUGUGGUGGCGAGGCUGAUGGGGCUCGACGCAUUGCCGCCGGCGCUGGAUUGCCAGCCGCCGCCGCAGCGGAGGAGUUUGUCGGUGAGUUCGGCGGAGGGGUGGCCGCCGUAUCUGAGGGAGGAGAACGACGAGUUCCUCGUCCUCAGCUUCAGCCCGGAGGCAGCCCGCCACGGCGACGACGGCGCAUGCGACGGCAGCAAGAGGAGAGACGCCACCGGAUCCAAGAAGCACACCGGUGGACGCCCCCGCCGGAAGCUGCAGUACGGCGGCGACGACGAGGAGGAAGUGCAGUCCUCGAGCCACGCCAAGAGAAGAGCGGCGGCGGCGUCGUGCGGCAUGCACAGUUCGAGCCCGGUGUCGGUGCUGGACGCGCAGCACUCGUCGUCGCCGUCGACGUCGUCUGCCACCACCACCACCACCAUUACCACCACCUCGUGCUCGUCGGAAGAAGUGGAGCCGAGCUCGCCUUCGCAUACCUCAGGAGAAAUUCGGCCUGCAACGAAUCAAGAAAGCUCAGGGAGGAAGCUGCAACCCGAUUUUGACGAUGAUCUCGACAACCUGUUGUCUCCUGCAGCUAGCAAUUGCCAUGACUCAAAAUGUUCAGACUGGGAGAGGAGGAAGAGGAGUGUGGUGAACAAGGCUGAGGUGUUCACCCCAGAUGUGUCUGGUACCUUGCAAUUCAUCUUCAGGCUGGUUGAGGAAGAUCUUAACAGCAUGAGGUGGUUGAUCAGGGAAUCUGAGGAAACUGCAGCUGACAUAGGUUCAGAAAUCCUUGAUCAGCUCAUGUCCGAGACAACAGAUGAACUCAUGCACACAAUUUCUGAAACUGUACAUUCUUUACCUGGCUGGUUCAUCUCCAUGAAGUAUCCAAAGCUCCAAGAUUGUUAGAAAUAUGCAGGCAAGU